GCUGCCCCUGGGAUUGCUCCGGCAAGACUUUGAAGUCAUGCUUGGAGGCUAACCCGGACGCGCUGCGCUGGCUGUUGAGGCAUGGCUGCCCCGUGGACUGGCCUGCGACUAUUGCUGAGGCGGCGAACUUGCGGUGGGCUCGCCGCAUGUCGCCGCAGACAACGCUGAUAUGGACUUGGGUUCUGAACAACAGCGGUGACGAGUGGUGGAUGCAGGCGGGCUACCGGACGCAGCAGGAGGGGGUCAUGGCGGCCCUGAUGGGUGAGGAUGGGGACACGGAUGAGGAUGGGGACACGGAUGAGGAUGGGGACACGGAUGAGGAUGGGGACACGGAUGAGGGUGGGGACGUGGACGAGGGUGGGGACGUGGACGAGGGUGGGGAUAUGGACGAGGGAUGAGGGUGGGGACGAGGAUGAGGACGGAGGUGAGGAGCUUGGAUGAUGGCGACGAGGUGCAUGGGGAGGAUGGGUUGCAGGUAAGGGGACAGCGAGGAAGGGAGCCGUGGUGGGAACAGUGACGACUGUUAAAGGGUAAGGGUGGAAGAUGGUCAAGCGCGUUUGGCAGGGAGGACGGUAUGCACGGAAGGAGAGAUGUCGAGGGUAUGCUGCCAUUCACGGAGUAAUGCUUCAUAGGCAUAUGAUGAAUGGGGGACGUGAUGCCGUAACCAACGAAGCAGCUUGAUGAUUGCUGGCUACCGAAGAUGUUCCAAGGAGCCACAAAGAGCAUGCGGCAAUGCAUAUAUAUGCCGUACUGUGCAUGUCGGUGUUCCGCUGGACAUGGCAUUACCAACGUGCACAGGUUGCGGCAAACCAUUGAUGAUGGAGGUGUUUAGAGGGGGUGUAAUGUCAUUCAUGGAAAGUUACUACAUGGGGCUUGCCUUUGCUGCCAAGCCCGGUGUGGCUGCAUUUUGCGGCGGUGGUGUGCUGCCGGACAGCCAGGCUGGUGUAUGCCAUCUCCUGUUAUCUUGGAUGUCCUCGCUUGACUUGCGGUUGUUUAGUUGCGGCCAUUCAUAUGCCAUGAUGGCGCCUUGUUUGUACCUCAAACAGCACUGCGUAGCACCUAAAUGGAUGUUAUGCUUUCGUGGUGCUUCAGUGGUUAUACUUGAGGUUGUAAUUUUCGCAACAUGAA